AUGGAUCAAAAUUCUGGAAAUUUACCCCUGACCAAGGGCCCCACGGAUUCAGGGGGGGGCCCGUCCAUAACUGGAAACAAGACUGGAAAACUGGAAAACGGACAAGAGGAUAAAGAAGGACACGGAUGCACCAAAGGAACUGCUGAGACGUACGUGGGGGCUGAAGCGUCGCCCGCCGUGAGGGUAAUCGACAUCACCACCCUCAAAGAAGCUGAGUUGUUAGACAAAACCCUCCACUACGUUGCAAGCAUGGAAAAAUUUGCGUUGGCCACGCGCAAUGUACACAGGGAGAUUAAGGAUACUCUCCCAAAACUGCGUAUGCUCCUAACGCAGUACAUAAAAGUGAAAAAGCAGGGAACUGGCGACAAGGGGCAGAACGUUCAGAAGCUAGAAGUGAAGGUCGCUGGGAAAUGCGCGGCCACACAAACGCCAACGCUGACGAAUCCCGAGAAGCCAGACGGUCCCCUCAUGGCAAUGCUGGAAAGAAUCCAGGAGCAGUUGACGUCGCAGCAGGGAUCAAUCGACCAGCUAGUGGUAGAGCGGAACCAGCUGCACCUAGAGAAACGGUCGAACACCGAGCAGCAGGAGCGCGGCCAGCAGCAACAACAGCAAGAACAAUCAACCGCAGCCACUGCAAAAAAGCAGAGGCAGCAGCAACAAAAGUCGCUGAAGCAGCAGCAUCAGCAGCAACAAAAGUCGCCAAAACAGCGACAGCAGCGAGAGCAACAGGCACCUGAAGAGGUGCAGGAGCAGGGUCGGCAACAGCAUGAACAAGCGCAGGAACCGCAGCAGGAACCCCAGCAGGAACCCCAGCAGCAGCAGCAGACCUGGAGUGAGGCCGUUAGAAAGAGGAAGCCACCGAAGCCGGCCCAACAACCACGCCCUACCACCGACCAAGUGGCUCUCCUGCGGAAGCGGGCUCCGCGAUCCAUGGCGGUGACUAUCGACCGCCCGGCAGAAGGAGGCUCCCUAGCCUCCGUGAUGAAGAAAGUAUCGAGGUCAAUCAACCUCCAGUCCCUUGGCGUCAAGGUCCUGACGACAAGAAAGACCAGAGCGGGAGGAAUUCUCCUUGAGGUUGAGGGGAACGAAAAAGCCAUACUGCUAGCUGGGAAGAUCCGGGAGGUGGUAGGAGAUGCGGCCAGGGUCAGGUUACCCGAGCCCCGUACGCCCGUUCUACUUCUGGGAAUUCCGGAAUGGGCAGAGGCAGAGAACGUCAUUGCCGGCGUCACUCAGGCGGGAGUCACUGGAGUCACCUCUGAGAACGUGAUCAUUCGCAAGAACUCCGGUGGUAGAGGGGAGUUCGUCGCGAGCCUCCACUUGCCGCUCAAGGACGCCAUCACGCUGGCGGAGAAGAAAACGGUCACCGUGGAGUGGACCAGGUGCAGGGUCAAGCUGUUGGCUAACAACCAACCUACCUGCUUCCGCUGCCAAGGAAAAGGACACCUGGCUGCCGAGUGCCUUGGCGAGGUCAAGCCCCGCCGCUGCCACAGAUGCAAUAAAGAUGACCACCUGGUGAAGGACUGCGCCCUACAGAAGCAGGCGCAGCAGCAGCCGCAGCCGCAGCCCCCAACCUCAAGUUGUGGGACGCUUGCAGAAGCAAGUAGUGCGGUGUGA